UGCACAAUAAUAUUCAUGGCAUGACAAACAUAGCAGUCGAGAUGGAGGAGCCCUUUGCGAAUGACAGAGCGUCGUUUCAGCGCUUCUUAGCAGCAUUUUGUAAACGCAUCAACGACAAUGAGGAUGAUAGUGAAAUGUUACCAUUUAGGCCUCCAACUCGCCAUUUAACAAUAGAUGAGUUACAGGGGGAGUGUUUUGAUUGGAGUUUACGUUACUUGGGAUUACAAAAUUGUCCACCUACUCUUGCUGCAGCCAUCACUAAAGAAGUCUAUGAACAGUCCACUAAGAUAGACUUCAAAGAGUUUGAAGACCAGACUCCGGACCCCGAAGAAGAUUCCAACAGGGAGAAGAAUGUCAAGAAUGAAAUCCAGCGUCCUGAGUCAGUUCUGGAUGCUUCGUCACUCAUGGAACACAUCAUUGACAUUGUGGAUGAAGUGUGUCAAAAAUGGAACAAAGACUUGCCAGAUAUUCCAAUUCCUGCUCAGGUUCAUGAAUGCUACCAUUAUGAAAUUAAAAAUACUCGACGUAAAAUGGAGGACAGAUAUGUGAUGCUUCCAGACAUGAAUACACUGUUUGAUCUCAAGGAUUUCCCACAGCAGUCCUAUUACAGUGUGUUUGAUGGGCACGCCGGGAUUGAAGCAGCUGUCUAUGCCUCCAAUCACCUACAUGUACAUCUGCCCACCUGUGAGAAGUUCUCCAGUGACCCAGCAUCUGCCCUGAAGUGUUCAUACUCAGCAACAGAUGAACAUUUCAUUAAAAAAGCUCAAAGAGAGGGUUUAAAAAGUGGCUGCACUGGAUUAACAGUGUUGAUCCGAGAUAAAACUAUGUAUGUAGCUUGGCUGGGGGACUCACAGGCGUGUCUGGUCAGGGACGGUCAGGCAGUGUCCAUCAUGAAUCCUCAUAAACCAGAGAGACAGGAUGAGAAAAGUCGUAUAGAAGCUCUAGGUGGAGUUGUCCUGUACAUGGGAACAUGGCGGGUCAAUGGCAAUCUGGCUGUGUCCAGGGCUAUAGGAGAUAUCAGCCAAAAGAAGUUUAUCUGCAGCGACGCGGACACAACUGUCCUAGAAUUAGAGGGUACUGAAGAUUAUAUCAUUCUCGCCUGUGAUGGCAUGUGGGAUGGUAUAUCACAGAAUGACGUACCAAAAAUAGUAUACGACCAUCUGCAGAAAACUAAUGGUGAUAAGUCCAGUGUAGCUAAGAUGUUGGUAGAAUUAGCAAAAGAAAACGGGUCAACAGACAAUAUAACUGUAGUGAUAGUAUUUCUCAGGGAUGAAAUAGCAGAACCAGCUGUUAUGCCAGUAUUUUCAUUUGACAAGAUUUCUAGUUCUCAGGGAGAUGACAAAACAGAUGACGUUGAUGGCAAAAAAGACUGUGACUCUUUUUCCGAAAAGGGAGAUAACUCUAAAAAUUCCUCCUCCGAUGGCAAUACAGAAGCUGGCAGCAAUAAGCCGAAGGAAGAAGUGGACAAUAUAGAACAACAGGAAACUCAGGAACAAAACAACUCAGAUAAACCAGAAAAUACUCCUCUUCCCACUGACCGUGUACUGAAGAAAGAACCUGUGUUCAUUAUUGCAGACUCUGCACCUCAGAUUUCAGAAAACAAACCUAGAAGCCCUUCACCUGAACCCGAAGAUUUUAUUCCAGAUGAAAGUAAACCAGUGGAAGAUAGUGCUGUUUCAAAAGAUCUCACCCUUUCAGAAACUAUUCCACCUCAUCAAGAGUCUGCAAGUGCUCAGAAAACUUCAGGUAAUAGUUUACCAGUGGAAAUUGGAUUGUCCACAUUCAUGUCCUACCUACCCAGUCAGGGAAGUACAAUCUCUGAAUUCAGGCAUGGUUUGCAGGGCAGCAGGAAACCUAGUGCUAUGUCCAGUUCUUUAGCAACUAUGCAUGAAGAUUUUCCAAUUGUUUCCAAUUAUGUAAUUCAGGAUGAAAUAUAUAGAAAAAAAGAUAUCGGAAAGAAAAAACCAAAACGAAACAAGAAUCCCAAAAUUCGGGAGCAGAGUCGCAAUGGUCAGUAUGUUGUCCCAAGAAGGGGGAAGAAAAAAGCUGAUGGGUCUACACCAAUAGUAUGGGCUUUUACUGGAAAGAAUACAGCUUCUGUAAGGAAUCAUAAGCUCAGUUCUCUAAGGAAUUCUCAGAAUUCCUCCCGAGUCAUACUGGCUAACAUCCUAAACAGUGGUGCAGUUGAUCCAAGCAUUCCAUCCCAGACAAGUGCAGACAUUAAAUUUCUAGAAAAAAUGUCAAAGUCUAAGCAUUUCGUUGACCCUGAGCAGCCAAAUGCUGAAGAGAUUCCAAUGCCCCACACCGUCUUUGAUUACCCAUUGUCCACUUUCACAGCAUCCUCCAAUUUCAAAACUAAAUCUACCUCAACUCCCAAGUCAAAAUCAUCUCAAGCCAGUCAACCAAAAACCAAUCCGAAAACUGUCCCUGCUUUCCACCAAUCCUGGCGCCCACGAAAAUUGUCGAAAUUAAAUACAGGAGGUGCCCUGGCUGAACCUCCCCCUACUCCAUUCUCCAAUGUCAAGAUAAACCCAUCAUCUGAGUGUUCUGAUUGAAGCAGAGCUUUAUACACCAAUUAUCUAUUUUAAUUAUUUAUGCAUGCUUACAAUCAGUUUGCAUAGACCAUCAGUGUUAUUAAUUUUUUAAAGCAAUAAUUUGAUAAUCGUAUUGAUUUUGCUCAUCUAAAUACUUACGAAUUGUCCCCCUUUGUGCAUUUAUUCUCACACUUUA